GUCGGCGACGCGCGCGGAUCGUUUUGUGCUAUUUUGCUGCUGAAUUUUCGCUGUUCUCGCGGUUUUAAACAAACGAACGACAGAAGAAGCCAAUAAGCGUGGUGGAUAGCAAUUAAAAGAGCGCGACGCAGUGGCUGUCAACACUUGCACAUCGAUUAAUUAAGUUAAAAUGCCCCAGUUGGAGCUCGAAUUUUGAAGAGCUUGUCGAAGUGCAGCGACAGCCGGAGUUGGUUGCCAUGAUGCGAUACUCGGAAAUCUCACGCGAUCUGUCCACGGAUAAUCUGCGCUACUCAGAGUUAAGCAGAAAGCCCACCACGGACUAUAAUGGAUAUACGGGUCAGGCCUACGCCACCACUCAAUUCAAGCAGAGCUCACCUCCUCCUCCUCCUUCGCAGCAGCAGCAGCAGCCAACUCGGGUGUCCAAGCAACGAAGUCCGAGUACCAAUGGUAGUGCCCACACCAUGGCCUGUCUGCGCCAGGAGAAGACCCACAAGGAGCAGCAAAUGGAACCGCCCAGUAUGCAACCGCAGGCCAGCAAGACCCUGAAUAUAAAGAGCACGCGCCGCAAGAACUCCAUCGGUUGUCUAAACAGUUUCUCCUCCUCGCCAGAUUCGCCUGGUUGCUACUACACUAUAGCAGCCUCGGCUUCGCUACCGUCCAAGUCGCAAAGUUUACCGGCCCACGCCUCCAUCAAGCAGUUGGAUGCGGUUAUUUUGAGCGCGUUACGUGUACCCGCCGAUGUGUUGGCUAAUCAGAUUACGCUACUGGAUUUCCCCGUCUUCGCCCAGAUUCAACCGGAUGAGCUGAGCAGUUGUGCGUGGACGAAAAAGGAUAAGCAUGUCAACACCCCGAACAUUGUGGCAUUUACGAAACGAUUCAACCACACGAGCUUUUGGACUGUGCAGGAGAUUCUCAAUGCCGAGCAGCCAAAGCAGCGAGCAGAGAUUAUUACUCACUUUAUAAAGGUGGCCAAAAAGCUUCAUGAGCUCAACAAUCUGCACUCGCUGUUUGCCAUUAUUUCGGCCAUGCAAAGCGCCAGCAUAUAUCGCUUGACAAAAACCUGGGCAUGCUUAUCGAAGAAGGAUCGAAAUGCAUUUGAUCGCCUCAGCGAUAUAUUCAGUGACCAGGACAACUGGGCGAAUCUGCGCUCCUACCUCGAGAGCCUCCGCCUGCCCUGCAUCCCCUAUCUGGGUCUCUUUCUCACCGAUCUGAUCUACAUUGACUUAGCCCACCCACACAAGGGCGGCCUGGAACCGGAGCAGCGUCGCAAUAAGAUGAACAAUAUAUUGCGUGUCAUUUCGAACUAUCAGCAGUCGAACUACAAGCAUCUGCAGAAGCACGAGGCGACUCAGAAGUAUCUGACUUCCAUAAGAUAUAUAGAGGAGUUGCAGAAUAUAUUUGAGGAGGAUCAGUACAAACGCUCUCUAAACCUGGAACCUGCGUCGCCCUCUGGACCCAGCUCGUCGUCCUGCAGCUCAAAAGAGUCCUUCAACGUGGAAGUAGUUACUCCGGCCCUUGGAUGCCUAAAUCUCUCGCCGGCCAAAACCAUUGGCUCCAUGCGCAUGGCUAGCGGCACCAAGUUUGUGCCAGGCCAUCGCAAGUGUCGCAGUCUGGGCACCAACAUUUUUGGCAAGAUUGCGACGCACAACCACAGCGAUGGCCAUCCCCACCACCUGCACUUGGAACUAGAUCCGAGUCAAGGGCAGCCCCGUCACCACCUGUUGGAUGAUUCGGUCUUGGAGCAUAGCGACGCCAUAUCCCAAGCGGAUCUAACAUCCCUGGAAAGUGCCGAGGGAAUAAUGUGUGAUUUCACCGGCAGCGAUUGCGAUUUGAUGUCGCCAGAGGCAGCAGCCGCCAUGCAGGGAUGUGUCCGGCGCAAAACGGUCCAGAAGGAGGGAAGGAAGCCAGCGGUGGCCUCGUGGCAACGAUACUGGCUACAGAUUUGGGAGAACUCGCUGGUGUAUUUCCCACCAAAAUCCUUUAAGGGAAGCGAACGCAGCGACUUCAAGCGGGAACCGUGCAAAGUGUGUCCAUUGGAUGGAUGGUAUGCCCACGUGAGCGAUAAUACCAAGCACAAGAACACCUUCGAGCUGUGCCACCGAACCCUGGGCACCGUCUAUCGUUUCCGGACUGACAGUCCGCAGAUGACGCAUCUCUGGUCGAAUGCCAUUUGCAAGCUGGCCACCAUGAGAAUGCCCAAACCUCUGCCCACCAAUCUGAUGUCCUUCGAAUAAGCAGGGGACCCCAAGAACACACAGGAACUCGAAUAUAUUGUACUCAUUGUAGCCUAGUUUAUCUAGUUUAGUUAGCUUUAACCUUUGAAACGUGCACAGCCAAAAAAAAAACACCCACCCACCACAUCGCUCACUCACUUCCUAAAAACGAGGCAACCACAGAACAUUCCCGCAACCACAACGAACGAACAAAUUGCAGCUUGCAUCUAGAUGAAUCGAUUUCAAAAUGGUAUUUCAAAAGACUGACACCGAAUGAGAACACGAAGAUAUAGUAAAGGAGGAGCAGUACUACGAAUGUAGCCACACAAUCACACAACAACAGACUAAACCGACAACGCAGGGACAUUAGAAUCCCAAAUUUGUACUGGCCCUGUUUUUAAAGUCCAAUUUUAUUUGAAUGUAUCGGAAACGGAAUUGAGAAAACGGCUUGUCAUCGAAUAUAUAUUUGUUUUAGGAUUGUUUAGUGAUCCAGAAUGUAGAAAUGUAGUAAUCCAUUACUACUAACUAGAAACCUGUUUACUUCCGAAUUCACUUAAUUUGGCAACAGGGCUGUCUCUUUGUUAAUGUGCUGUCUUUGCUGUACUUUGUAUUUGUAAAAUGUAAUAUUAAGUAAAUUACUUGGACGUUUACUAAACUUAAUUUUGCGCAGACUGUGCCAUAUUAGUUUUAAAUUCAAAUUUUGUGUCUACACAAUCACUGUUGGCCAGCAAACGAAUCCGAAUUCGAUUUGCCCAGCUCCUAACUUUGUAACAAAGAAUCAAAAAAAUCCAACGAACUUUCUACGCGUAACUAAGGGCUUUAAUAUUGUAUCGCUACCACUAUCAUGAUCAACAUCCGUUAAUCUGUAUAUCUGCCUUAAGUUGAUGCACUAGACAUAAAUAGAGCUAUAAAGUACAUAUGUAACGUAUCCAACAAAUGCAUGCGUGGAUUAUAGGAAACGAAAGUAA